CAUCCGGUUCCGGUGGUCUAUUCCCAUUCUUGUAUUUCCAGCAGUUACAUUUUAUUAUUAUUUCCCGUUUAUAUAAUUCUAACCACAAGUUAGCGCUCCACACCUUGAUACCCCUCUCAACGAAGGGUAUCUGGUGAGAUGACAGACUGAAGACUAAAGAAUGACAUGACCAAGGAUAUAAGAAUCUUGUUUAUGUAACUUCAGUUCUAUCAAUAUGAAUUAUUUCUUGUUAAUUGCAGUUAACUCCAUUAUGACUGACUAUAUAUAACUUUUUACAUCAUUCCUGUGAUGGUGUCAGCAAAGUUUACUGAGACUUUUCUCUUUCUUACACUUAUCUAUUUAUGGCUUGGCCGUAACUGAAUUAUUUCUGAAUUCAAGACUGAAUUAUAAGAAAAAGAUUUUUGUUUUACAGCUGAGACAUAAUUAGGUUUUGAAGAAAAUAUAAUAGCAUUAUUGAAAAUUUUUAAUAGAAAUAUAUCUCUUGAAAAUUACAGUGGAAACGUAAUUUUCUAUUUUAUGAAGAUUCGACAGUAUGGAAGAGAAACUUGGUGAAAGUCAAAUACAUAAGGAAAAAACACCUGAUAGGAAUGAUGUCUCUCAUCAAACAGGAAAGAUAUACAGGUGUGAUGUCUGUGGGAAAUCAUUUAAAAUAAGAAAAUAUUUCACUCAACAUAAAUUGAUGCAUACAGAUUCAAAAUUGUAUGGCUGUGAUAUAUGUGGUAAAAAAUUCUCUUCGAAUGAAUAUUUAUCUAACCAUAAACAUCUUCAUACAGGUCCGAAACCAUACAACUGUAGUAUUUGUGGCAAAGUGUUCUCACGAAAUAGGGAUUUAUUGACACACAAACGUAUUCACACAGGUGAGAAACCAUUCCAUUGUGAUAUCUGUGGUAAAACCUUCACUGUAAAUGGUUCUUUAUCUGUACACAAACGUAUUCACACAGGAGAAAAACCAUACCACUGUGAUAUCUGUGGUAAAAGCUUCUCCGCAAGUAGCUCGGUAACAACACACAAACUUAUUCACACCGGUGAGAAACCAUAUCAGUGUGAUCUUUGUGGGAAAGCAUUCUCUGUAAAUAGUAGCUUAUCUAAACACAAGCGCUUUCACACAGGAGAGAAACCAUAUCACUGUGAUAUCUGUGGUAUGACGUUCUCUCAAAGUUCUAAUUUAAUGGCCCAUAAACGUAUUCAUACAGGAGAAAAACCAUAUCACUGUGAUAUUUGUGGUAAAAAGUUCUCUACUAAUGAAUAUCUAUCAAACCACAAAUAUAUUCACACCGGGGAAAAAAGAUAUCAUUGCGAUAUUUGUGGUAAAGCAUUCUCCCAAAGAGGUAAUUUGCUUUCCCAUAAACCUAUUCAUUCAGGAGAGAAACCAUACCAGUGUGAUAUAUGUGGUAAACAUUUCUCUACAAAUCAGUAUUUAUCUAACCACAAGCGUAUUCAUACAGGAUUGAAGCCAUGCCACUGUGAUAUUUGUGGUAAAGCUUUCUCUCGAAACAGUCAUUUGAAUGAACACAAACGCAUUCACACAGGUGAGAAACCGUACCACUGCGAUGUUUGUGGCAAAUCGUUCACUAUAAAUGGUCAUUUAACUAAACACAAACGUAUUCACACAGGAGAGAAACCUUAUCAAUGUGGCGUCUGUGGCCGGAUGUUCACCGAUAGUUCUACUUUACUCACACAUAGACGAAUCCACACAGGAGAAAAACCAUAUCACUGUGAUAUUUGUGGCAAAACUUUCUCUGCCAAUGAUUCUUUAUCCAAACACAAACGUAUUCACACGGGAGAAAAACCAUAUCGCUGUAAUAUCUGUGGGAAAGCAUUUUCUGAAAGUAGUUCUGUAUCAACACAUAAACGUAUUCACACUGGUGAGAGGCCAUAUCACUGUGAUAUCUGUGGAAAAACAUUCACUGCUAGUAAUUCAUUAUCUACACACCGAAUUAUUCACACAGGAGAGAAACCAUAUGAAUGUGAUAUAUGUAGUAAAGCUUUCUCACGCACUUGUAACUUAUUGCGACAUCGGCGUCUUCACACAGGAGAGAAACCAUAUCACUGUGAUUUCUGUGAUAAAACAUUCACUUCUAGUACUGACUUAAACACACACAUACGCAUUCAUACAGGAGAGAAACCAUACAACUGUGAUAUCUGUGGUAAAUCAUUCUCUCGAAGUGGUCAUUUAUUGAACCAUAAACGUAUCCAUACAGGUGACAAACCAUAUCACUGUGAUGUUUGUGGUAAGGCAUUUUCUCAACAAGGUCAUCUUUUAGCCCACAAAUGUUUACACAAAAGAGAAACUACUCCUGUAUGACAUUUGUAAUGAAUCCUCCUCAUAUUAAUCAGUUAAUUAGGUAUAAACAGAUAUGUUUGUAGACUUUAUACUAGUUCAGUUGUAAUUCUUUAAAAGCACCUUAAUACUUUUACUCCAUGUGGAGUAUAGGGCACCAAUAAGAAAUCUGUGUUCUUUUGGCAUUUCAAUAGAAAUGCAGAAAAUUUGACAGUGCUAACCUUACCACUGUCCUCCUUUCUUAACUGGGUUUGGGACAAGCUAGGGCAGAGUUCCUUCAAAAGUUAUUCUUAAGAUAACCAUAAGACCCCAUCAUCAACACACUUCAACCUCUUCCCCACACACAAUUUGUCUUUCCUACACUCACCUCUGCUCUUAAGAUUUGGCUGGUUUCAGUUGAACUCCACUCAGGCGUUCCUCACUCACAUGCCUCUCCUCUCAUCACUCAUAUUGUUUAGCCAUCCUCAACAGCCACACUAAACACUUCACCCUUAGAAUGACAAGUGACUUCAUUAAAACUUAUGAAAUAUCAUCACUAAAUAUAUUUACAUUGUCAUUUUUUUAAUAUCACUGUUGUGUAACGUUGUUGAAACUGUUUUGAAUAUUUUAAUUUUCUUAUGUGAAAUGAAAAUAAAAACCUGGCUAUAAUUGCUACCUCUAUAAAGUUGUUGUGUUGCUCCAA